GACUGCCUAAAGAGCUAACUUGUAUCCCAUUGCAGGCUGAGGGAGCUUGCAGGCGCGAAAGAAAGAUAGCAAACUGACUCUGCAGCCCAACCUCUGGUGCUGGCCUUCCUUUUCAGGCGCCAGAUAAACAGCCGGGGUUUAAUUUGUGAAGCCACGCUAGGGGGCCGCGAGCUGGAUUGGCGCAGAUUUCUCUUCAGAAAGCUCUUGCAGAAAGCGAGUAUGGCAAGCUCAAGCGCGCAGGCAGAGAUAGCACCUCUGGAAGAACUGGCAGCUUUGGAAGAUGCUGAGGAGAAGCUUACAGAAGGAUGGGCCUGUGCGCAGCAGGAUGACUUGGAUGCAGCGAUUGAGCUACUCGGAGAGGCGCUGAGCUUAAGGGUGGACCACUUUGGAGAGUUGGCCCCUGAAUGUGCGACCGCCUACUACAAGUACGGGUGUGCACUGUUCUGGAAGGCGCAGCAGGAGACAGACGUUCUGGGGGAGCCGAUGACCAAGAUCAAGCAGCAGGCGGCGGAGAAGGCGGAUCCCUCUGGAAAGGGCAAGGCACACACGGAGGAAGAUGAAGAGGAGGAAGCAGAAGGGGAGGGCGGCGAAGAAGAAGAGUCCGAUAUGGAGCUUGCAUGGAAGAUGCUCGAGACUGCGCGGCUGAUCCACGAGAAGCAGCCGGGGCACACGGUGGAAGAGGCUGACGUCAUCACCACGCUCGCUGACAUCAGCACGGAGAGAGAGGACUUUGAAACGGCGGUGAAGGACUAUGGGCAGGCGCUGAGCAUCCUGGAAGAGCUGCUGCAGAACGACGACAGGAUGCUGGCCGAAGUGUGCUUCAAGACGUGCCUGGCGUACCAACUAUGGCAGCAGCCCGGCCCUGCCAUCGAAUACAUCAACCGCGCGAUUGCCACAUGUGAGAAGCGGCUAGAGAGGCUGAAAGGGAGUCUGCAAGUGGAGCCUGCGGGCAAGGGAAAGGAACUAGAAGGAGCGGAAAAAGCGCCGGAGGAGGAGAAGGAAGCGGAGGGAGGAGAGAAGGCGGCAGAGAAGGGGGCCGAGGGAGGAGACCCCGAGAGGGCGAGGAAGGAGAUUGGAGAGAUCGAGGCGCUGCUAGUCGACAUGCGGGAGAAGGCCGACGAGCUCCGUGAGUUCGCUAAGCACCCUAACCUGGCCGCACUCCAAACCGACCGCCCCGCCCCCGCAACUGGUGCCACCCCUGUCGAGUCCUCCAGUUUUGACGCGCCCCAGCUAACCGCGUCCUCAUCCGCGCCCCCCAUAACCAAUCUAGGGGUGGUCGGCCGAGGCUCGGUUAGGAUAACCCCGUCCCCAGCCCCCCGGGAAGCGACGCUCGUGCAGCCCAAGAAGCGAACGCUGGAGGACAUGAUGGGCGGGGGGGGUGACGUCAGCUUCGGGUUCGGGGGCGCGUCCGCUGGCGCGGAAGCGACGGGGAGCCGCGCGCAGCCGGGGGGCGUGCAGGAGAAUGGACACGCCGAGACUGGAAAUGUACAGAGUGGGGAGCCGGCGCGUCAGGUUGCGCCAGCCGCAGAGAAGGAAGGUGCGGCCGUGGUCGAGCCCAAAAAGUUGAAAAGCGAGGAGACAAAGGUCGAUGAGGCGUCUCAUAGUCGCAACGCCACGUGUGAGAGGAGGCUAGAGAGGCUGAAAGGGAGUCUGCAAGCGGAGCCUGCGGGCAAGGGAAAGGAACUAGAAGGGGAGGGAAAAGCGCCGGAGAAGGAGAAGGAAGUGGAGGGAGGAGAGAAGGCGGCAGAGAAGGGGGCCGAAGGAGGAAGCCCCGAUAGGGCGAAGAAGGGGACUGGGAGAUCGAGGCGCUGCUGGUCGACAUGCGGGAGAAGGCCGACGAGCUCCGUGUUUGCCAAGCACCCUAACCUGGCCGCACUUCAAACCGACCGCCCCGCCUCUGCAACUGGUGCCGCCCCCGUCGAGUCCUCCAGUUUCGACGCGCCCCAGCUAACGGCGUCCUCCUCCGCGCCCCCAAUUACCAAUCUAGGGGUGGUCGGGAGGGGCUCGGUUAGGAUAACCCCGUCCCCAGCCCCCCGGGAAGCGACGCUCGUGCAGCCCAAGAAGCGAACGCUGAGAACGCUGGAGGACAUGAUGGGCGGGGGAGGUGACGUCAGCUUUGGGUUUGGUGGUGCGUCCGUAAGCACCGAAGCGACGGGGAGCCGUGCGCAGACGGGGGGUGUGCAGGAGAAUGGACAUGCCGAGACUGGAAGUGUACAGAGGGGGGGGCGGCGCGUCAAAUUGCCCCUGCCGCAGAGAAGGAAGGCGCGACCGUGGUCGAGCCGAAAAAGUUGA